CCUGUGCAAGUCAGCUGUUCGUAAACUUCCCUGCAGUGGCGUGUCGCUUUUCAGUGUACCACCACCAUCAUCAUCGUAUGUUCUAGUUUAUCACUCUCGUUCUUGUUUCAUCUCCCGAGCCGCGACGAACAGGUUGAGAACUUGGGACAGAAAGUUUGUGCUUGAUAGAGAAAGUUGGGGGGGAAAUCCAGAUAAGAUCCAGAAAUUUGUGCUUGAUUGAGAGAGUGGGGGGGGGGAAUCCAGAAAAGAUCUAGAAAGUUGGUCCUUGAUUGAGAAAGUUGGGGAAAAUUCAGAAAAUAUCCAGAAAGUUUGUGCUUGAUUGAGAAAGUUGGGGGAAAUCCAGAAAAUAUCCAGAAAGUUUGUGCUUGAUAGAGAAAGUUGGGGAAAAAUCCAGAAAAUAUCCAGAAAGUUUGUGCAUGCUGAGACCAACCCCUCACCCCCCCCAAAAACAACUUUGGACCGAAUGAGUUCCAUUGCCAUUGCUCCGUGAAGUUUUAGUGAAGUCCAUUGACGUUAUAAGCUAAGCGCCACACGGCCAUAGAUAGCCACCCACGUGCGUUGUUGUGAGUUUCCGCGUUUGGCUCACGUUUGCCGUGCCGCAAAUACAGCGACAGAGAGGUGCAGGUGGGUGGAUUACAACCAUGGCAAGCGUCACCAUGCGAAAGUCGCAGAAGAACCGCGUUUACUGUUUACUGAUCGUGCUGUUUGUUUUGGUGAUCAUCUACAUGCUCAGAAACCUGCAGAGCGAGGUUCAGUUGGACAUGGAUGAAGAAAUCCUGAAAGCCGACCUCAAAAAGUCAGGCUCACUGAAGACACAUGGUCAGGAGUUCACGCUUGACGGAGAGGCGCUGCACAUCCUGGGAGGAUCGGUGCACUACUUCCGCGUACCCCGGGAGUACUGGCGCGACCGCCUACUCAAGCUAAAGGCGUGCGGCCUCAACACGCUCACCACAUAUGUGGCGUGGAACCUGCAUGAGCCGCAGCGGGGAGUGUUUGACUUCAGCGGGUCUCUGGAUAUUGGGGCAUUUAUUCAGCUGGCUAAAGAGUUGGACUUGCAUGUGAUCCUGAGGCCUGGACCGUACAUCUGCGCCGAGUGGGAUCUGGGAGGUUUGCCAAGCUGGCUUCUGGCAGACCCAGAUAUGAAAUUACGGACAACUUAUUCAGGAUUUAUAGAUGCAGUCGAUAACUUUUUUGAGAAGCUCAUGCCAAGUGUGGCUCCUCUACAAUACACUUACGGUGGCCCCAUCAUUGCAGUGCAAGUGGAGAAUGAGUAUGGAGCUUAUGCCAAGGACACUGGCUACAUGGAAUCCGUAAAGCAGGUUUUGCUGAAACAUGGGAUCAUCGAGUUCCUGAUGACAUCGGACAACAAAGAUGGGCUAAGCCAAGGAGCACUGGAUGGAGCUCUGUCAACUAUGAAUUUCAAGCAUUUUCAAAGGAGCUACUUUGAGCAUCUUGAUUCAGUUCAGCCAAACCUUCCUAAAAUGGUCAUGGAGUUCUGGACGGGAUGGUUUGACAGCUGGGGGAACUACCACAUGGUGUUCAAUGCUGACGCACUGAUUGACAACAUGAAGAAGAUACUGGACCAGAAAGCAUCCAUCAACCUCUACAUGUUUCAUGGAGGAACAAACUUUGGAUUCAUGAAUGGGGCUUUGGAGUUGCCAUCAUAUCAACCAGAUAUCACCAGUUAUGAUUACGAUGCACCACUGUCAGAAGCUGGAGACUAUACACCCAAGUACAAGAAGAUAAGGCAACUACUGAUGACUCAGUUCAAACUGAAACUCAUCGACCCUCCGCCACCUACACACAAGGCUGCCUACGGAAUAGUCACCAUGAAUGAAUACUUGCCUCUGUGGAGCUCCUUGGAGUUCGUUGGAAAGCCGAUACACUCUGCUCUUCCGAUGAACAUGGAGAAAUUCCCAAUCAAUGAUGGGAAUGGCCAGUCCUAUGGAUAUGCGCUCUACGAGACGAAAAUCCGUCACGGAGGCUUACUCAAGUCCAACUUGAACGUGCAUGAUCGGGCACAGAUUUUUUUGAACUCAAAAUCUGAAGGAUUUCUUGACUACGUGAGGGUGUCUGCAGUUAUCCCAGAUGUAAAGGAAAAGUCGACACUGAGUUUUUUGGUGGAGAACAGAGGCCGGGUCAACUAUGGGUUGAACAUUGACACCCAAAGGAAAGGAUUGACUGGAAACUUAACACUGGAUGAAAAGCCUUUGGAAGAGUUUCAAAUAUACCCGAUGGAGAUGAAACAAGAUUUCAUCAACAGUCUGGAGAAGGCAAAGUGGAGCACAGUCCCCUUGCAACCCUGGCUCCCAGCUUUCUUCCGCGGGACCCUGCAGAUAUCUGGCACUCCACAAGACACGUUCGUACGGCUCGACGAAUUUGAGAAAGGUGUUGUAUUUGUCAACGGCAAAAACCUCGGCAGAUACUGGAUUCUGGGACCCCAGAAAACACUAUACCUUCCUGCUCCAUGGCUCAAGGAGGGUGACAAUAAGAUUGUGCUGUUCGAAGAAUCCAAAGGUGGCGGUGCCAUCUCAUUUGUGAAUGAACCAGAGUUGGGGAAACCAGUAGAAACUUAAAGUUUGCUUGGUGUUUACUGAACAUAAGUCUGAAUUCCAAGGCUUGACUAAAGAAAAGUGUAGAAUUUGUUGGCAAGGUUAAUUGCCAUGGCAUAUGCUGUUGUGGAAGGUGCAGUUUCUAGUCUAUGUACAUUUUGGGUAGAACCAUCCAGUUGGACGUUUAAUCUCAUUUGCAAAAUAUGUCCAUACUCGACUGAGGAAGAUUUUCUCAAAUAAACGCGAUUAAUGUAAAAUUUGGCACGCCUUUGGCAAAUAAAGGGCACAUAAUUGAUUCAUGAAUCAAUUAUGAUUGACCUCAUAAUUGAUUCAUCAUAUAUUUCACGGCACAGAACGUUAACCUGAUGAUGUUCACCGGUGUUGCUAAUGAGCCUUUUUGUGGAAUUUUAUGGUUUAACCCGUGGAUUUUGUUACAACUCGCUGGGAAUGAAUGUUACACACGAGGCUAACUUCGACUGCCAGUGGACGACACUUGCACUGGCACAAAACACGAACACAAAGUGUACGCUGUUGUACCAAGUGCUCGUUUUUGGCCAUACACAGAGCGCUACGGUGUAACACCGCGAACAUUGCAGAUUAAGCACUUGUGUUGAUGCUUCAAAUCAGAUUUGGUAAAAGGCUUCAUAACGAAAUUAACAAUACCGCGUAAUUCAUGAUGGCCACAUCGGUAAACAUUUACCAGAUCCAUUUGUGCUGCAGUUUUACAGCACUGCUUUUGUUACUAAAUCAAGGCAGUAGAUGUCACCACUGUAUUGGAUACAUUCCCGUUAUAGACUGCUGCAGGAGACUAGGAUUUGUGCUCACGAUAACUUCAAUAUGAGUUUUGUUUUGACCGCUUAAUCAUGCGUUUAUUUUUUUGGUUUUUAAUUACUUUGAAAUUUAAAAUGAUUUUUGUUGUGGAUUUUAGUAGUGUGCAUAGUGAUAAUAUGGAGACAGGCAUUAUGCACUGUACCAUGUAUUCAAAUGAGUGGACUUUUAGUGUUUAAAUGUCUACAGUUUGUAUUUUUCAUUUUAAAUGGGUGCUGGCUGGAUACUAUUUUUCUUACUGAAGCUUAAUUCUUAUUAUUGGUAAUGAAUAUUUUUAUUGCACAUUGCUGUGGCAUUAGUAAAAUUUACGGGGUUUUUUGCACUUGGAUGUGUAAAUGCACUCUUAAGACUAAAUGCACAUAUUGUCAAACAUGUUUAUUAUAUAAAAAAAAUGUAAUCACCAAAUCAGUCUGUGUAAUUGUUUCUAUACACAACAAGUGUUGAGCUGCAAUGUAAAGCCAAUUCCUUGAACGAUAUGGAAUGAUCACAGGUUCAAAUAAAUAAAUUUCCUUUCACCUCACACCA